GUGACGAUGCCAUCGACCAACUUGACGAAACGCGACUGGGAGAAGGAUCACGUGUACUUGGUGCAGUUUCCGAGAGCCGGAUGCAUUCCAUCGCCGUCUCCGUACGCGUUCAAGGUGGAGACGUUCUUGCGUGUCGCCGAUAUUCCGUACACGAACAUCAACAACGAGUUCAAAAAGAUGUCGGCUCGCGGUCAAAUCCCAUUCAUCGAGCUGAACGGUCGCCAGCACGCUGACAGCACCAUCAUCAUCGACAAUCUGACCGAGCACUUCCACAAGUCGGAUCUCGAGGAUCUCUCCGCUUCCGACAAGGCCAUCGCGCGAGCAUUCUUCGCACUUCUCGAGCAUCAUCUGUGCUGGGUGAGCUUGUACUCUCGCGGUCAGGACUUUGGAUGGCUAGCCACUGACACCGGAUUCGGACGUUUGUUGACCGGAAUCAAGGGGUUCGCAUUCAAGAACUUUAUCGUCAAAAGCUUCACGAAAAAGGUUCGCGGACGUGCUGCCGCUCAAGGAAUGGGAACUUUCUCCAGGGAGGAGGUGUUGGAUCAGGCGAAGAAGGACUUGGACGCCAUUUCGACACAGUUGGGCGAUAAGCCGUAUCUCUUCGGAAGCAGCAUCAAGACGAUCGAUGUGACCGCAUUUGCUCAUCUCGCCGAGCUCAUCUACACACCACAAUUCAGCCCGGAAAUCCGUGCCUACAUCGACGAGAAGGUUCCGAAUGUGAUGGAAUAUGUGAUCCGUAUCAAGGAGAAGUAUUGGCCAGAUUGGGAGGAGACCACGAAUACGAUGAAUAUGGCAACGGUGUGGAAGAAGGCAUAAUCACUUUUUUUUUUGAUUUUAUUAAUCCCAAUUACCAAAAAAAAAAACCAAAGUUCACCAAAGAAUCUAUCAUUCCGAAUUAUUUGAAUAAAGUUUGAAAAUUAUGAAA